AUGGCUGCCAGUGUUGUUAAGAAGCGGAAGUACAAUGAUGAAUACAUUAACUACGGAUUUACAUCAAUCCUCGCUGAUGGCAUCGAGAAACCUCAGUGUGUGUUGUGUUUCAAAGUGCUGGGGAACGAUUCUAUGAGGCCUAGUAAGCUGAAGCAUCAUCUGACGACAAUCCACCCCCAGUUUGCGGAGAGAUACCCCGAUUUCUUCAAGCGCCAUGAACGGAGUUUGGGAAACAGACUGGAUGAGAGUGUUGCCUUCCAACAACAGAACUUAAGUGUAGUUGAGGCAUCAUAUGAGGUUUCCAUUGAAAUAGCAAAGAAGAAGAAGGCCUACACGAUUGAUGAAACUUUAAUUAAGCCGUGUGCCUUAAAGAUGGUCAAGCGGGUUCUUGGAAAGGCAAGUGAACGUAAGAUUCAGCAGAUUUCCUUGUCAGACGACGCGGUGAAACGGAGAAUUAGUGAAAUGUCAGAUGAUAUCAUGAAACAAGUGAUACAGGAGAUUAAAUCGUCUCCAACUGGUAUGUUUGCAGUACAGUUGGACGAGUCAGCGGACGUGAGUUCCUGUGCACAGCUACUCGUGUUUGUUAGGUAUGUAUUCUUGAGUGACAUCAAGGAUGAAUAUCUGUUCUGUACACAGCUUGAAACUACCACAACAGCUUUAGAUGUGAUGGAAAAGUUGACUUCGUUCUUCAAAGCUAACGGGAUCACCUGGGAAAAUUUUUGUGGAGUCUGCACUGAUGGAGCUCCGGCGAUGCUGGGAUCGAAAUCGGGGUUACAGAAGCGCGUCAGGGAAAACCUCUGUAGAGGCAUGGAUUCAGAGCAUGAAACCCUCCUCUUUUACCCCAAAGUGCGAUGGCUUUCCACGGGUAAUGUUGUGAAUCGAGUGUUCGAACUUCGGGGAGAACUGAAGUUGUUCCUGGAAAUGAAAGGGAAGGAUGAUCUACUAAGUCACUUCAACGAGGUGUUGUGGGAGCCACGUCUUGUGUACCUGGCAGACAUAUUUGAGCAGCUAAACUGGCUGAAUCUCAAGCUACAAGGCAAGGAAAGAAAUGUGUUUCACCACAUGGAUUGUAUUCGUCCAUUUAUUGACAAACUCCAGAACUGGCAAAGGAAAGUCAAUGCAGGAAAUGUUGCCAUGUUUGAGAAUCUCUCAACUGUUCUUGACUAG